AGUUGCACUUACAGAGCAUAGCUGCGAAAACAACAUAGCUAGGCUACAGUGUAGGUAGCUCGGCUGUUAUCAUCAUUUUGAUAGUAAACAGUAAGAGAACGGGCUUACGCCACAAUAUUAACAUUUCAUCUGUGAUUAAAGUGUACAAGUGAGUGGGGCUCUGUGUAUGCAUGCAGAAUGAGCUGUCCACCUUGGCCUAAAGGGAAGAAAGUGGUGCACCUGGACUUAAAAGGUGCUCCUCCACGAGUUGAAUACCUGCACAGGCUGAUCGAGCUCUUCUCUGAACUGGGAGUGGAUGGCCUGCUGGUGGAGUAUGAGGAUGUGUUUCCUUAUGAUGGGGAGCUGAAGCUGCUCCAGGCAACAGCACAACCUGCUUACAGCCGAGAUGAGGUGCUGUCUAUGCAGGAAUUCGCCAGAUCCAAGGGGAUGGAGGUGAUCCCACUCGUGCAGACAUUUGGUCACAUGGAGUUUGUGUUAAAGCACCGAUCCAUGUGGCACCUAAGAGAGGUGGCACACUGCGUGGGAACCCUGAACCCCCACAGAGAGGAGGGGGUGAAGGUGGUGAUGGAGAUGCUGAGGCAGGUAGUGGAGUUGCAUCCGGGGCUCAGCACGCUCCACAUUGGAGCAGAUGAGGUGUACAUGCUGGGUGAGGGCGAGGAGUCCAAGUUGUGGCUGGCUUCACCUGGGCGUACAGUGGAGCAACUGUUCUUAAGUCAUGUGACCAAGGUGGCCAGGGCUGUCAAGGAGGCGUGGCCUCAUAUGACCAUCAUAAUGUGGGAUGAUAUGAUGAGAGGCAUGAGCCUGGACACACUGAAAGCCAGUGGUUUAGUGGGACUCGUCCAGCCUAUGUUGUGGGACUACACCCCAAACCUGGAUGUGUCCCAAACUGUGUCUCUGCUGGAGAAGUACUGUAGUGCCGGAAUGGCAGAUCUUUGGGCAGCCAGCUCCUUUAAAGGCUCCACCAGUGUUUACACCUGUGUGACCAGCACGCAGAGACACCUGGAUAAUCACCUGCAGUGGCUGAAGGUGGCUGCUUCUUUGUCUCCUGCUGUAAAUAUAAAGGGUAUUGCCAUCACAGGCUGGCAAAGGUAUGACCAUCUGUCAGUGCUGUGUGAGCUGAUCCCAGUGGCUAUUCCAUCACUAGCAGUCUGUCUCCAGACUCUCCUUCACGGACAGUUCAGUGCUGAGGCCCAGAGCAAAGUAACCGGGAAGCUGGGGAUCUCAUCAGUGGAGGUGGAGACCAUGGGAAUGACAUGUGUAGCUGACACAGUGUUCCCAGGAAGGAGGCUGGCUGAGUUAAUCGUGGAGCUCAAUGCACUCCUCAAUUCAGAAGAUAUAAGAUUUUUUGAAAACAGCAUGUUUGUGAGAGGAUGGUUUAGCCCAUACCAGCGGCAGAGGAAAACUGUUACCCCGCUAAUCACCAUGCAGAUUCACAACCAAGCAUCCCUGUAUUUGGCUACAUUACAGCAGAAGGUGGAGGCAGUGAGAGAGGAGAUGGCCAGUCUCUACCCAGAUUCAACAGUCCAGGAGUGGAUAGAGGAACACGUCAGCCCUGUAACAGCUCCUCUUCAGAGGAUAACAGAGGAUGUUGCAGCCUGUUUGAAGGAGAUGGUGCCAUAGGAUCACUUUUCGGUCUUUGACAUUGCUGAUUAAUUCACAGAAAGCCUUCCUAAUUUCUGCCACACACUGGCACUAAAGUUCAAAGGAGUGAUUUUAUAUAGGGUUCUACGCUUAUGUGAGAGUAAACUGCUAUAUGUAAAUGGAGCUACAUGUAACAAUGGCAAUAAAAAUCAAACCCUAGUUUAAAAAAAA